GGAAAAUUAAAGAGAGGGUGUUUCAGCCUAACUGCUUAGUACUCUUGCUGCUAACCAAAAACAUCAAACAUGGCAAACAAUCUGUUGGAGGUUCUGAACGUGAGAAUGAUCGGAAACGGCGACAAGAUACUGGUUCUCGCUCACGGCUUCGGCACAGACCAGUCGGUAUGGAGGAGCAUCGUUCCUUACUUCACCCCUCACUACAAAAUCGUACUCUACGACCUCGUCUGUGCAGGGAGUGUCAACCCCGAUUACUUUGACUUCAGACGCUACACCUCUCUGGAGCCUUACGUCGAAGACUUACUCAACAUCCUUGAUGCCCUCCGCAUUGAAAGGUGUGCCUACGUUGGCCAUUCCAUCUCCGCCAUGAUCGGAAUCCUUGCCUCUAUCCGCCGCCCCGAUCUCUUCACCAAACUCAUCCUCAUCGGAGCUUCCCCUAGGUUCUUGAAUGACAGAGAUUAUCAUGGGGGAUUCAAAAGGGCAGAGAUAGAGAGGGUUUUUACGGCGAUGGAAGCCAAUUACGAGGCUUGGGCUAGUGGAUUCGCACCUUUGGCGGUGGGGGCUGAUGUGCCGGCGGCUGUGAGAGAAUUCACGAGGACAUUGUUCAAUAUGAGGCCUGAUAUAUCUCUGUUCGUGUCGAGAACGGUGUUCGAUAGCGAUCUGAGAAGUGUUUUAGGGCAGGUCAGUGUGCCUUGCUGCAUAAUCCAGAGUGCCAAGGAUGUAUCGGUGCCGGUAUCGGUGGCUAUGUACUUGAAGAACCACCUUGGAGGUCGGAACACGGUGAAGAUAUUGCAUACUGAGGGGCAUUUGCCGCACUUGAGUGCGCCUAACUUGCUGGUUCAGUAUCUCCGGCGAGCUCUCUCGCGGUGACAUACAGUGAGAUACUGAGAUGUCGAUACUUUUAAAAAGGUCGCUCCCAUUUUC